UAUUAACAAAUAUAUUCACACCCAUGACAAUUGACUAAUAAGCUACAAAUACUACGUAAACACAUAAGUCACAAAAGCUGUUUUGUUGUAAUCUAACCAAUUCAACGUGAAAUCGGAUUGCACACAUAACAGCAGGUGGUAGGCUUUAUAGUGCAGCGACGCAAAUUAAUUAUCCACUAUUUAAAGCUUAGAGGUAGCAUAGUACACCCAACAAAUUUUAGUGGAGGUAUUUUGUUCGGUUUCUAUCUCUGUUCACAAUGAGCCACAAUGAAGACCGCAGCUCCGAGUGCAGUGCCGAGAGAACAAACGACGCCGAGGCGGCUGCUGCUGGCAACCCACGCCAACAGCUGGGAACCUAUCGCGUUUAUGUGGUCACUUGGAAUGUAGGCAGUCGCUUUCCGGACAACAUAUCACUGCGCCAACUGCUCAGCUUGGAUGAUGCAAGCGAUGCUGCAAUCUCGGAAAAGCACUUGCCGGACAUAUAUGCCAUUGGACUGCAGGAGGUAAAUGCACAGCCACAGCAACAGGUUUUAAGCUUGUUUAAGGAGGAUCCGUGGACGCACAAGGCAAAGGAGCUUCUGCGCAGCUACAACUAUGUGUCGGUGAAGUCAGAGCAAAUGCAGGGCCUGCUGCUGACCAUGUUUGUGCGGCGCCCUCACGUGGAGCACCUGCAUGACAUCGAGGCUGAGUUCACGCGUACUGGAUUUGGCGGCAUUUGGGGUAACAAGGGCGCGGUGAGUGUUCGUUUCACAAUGUAUGGAUGUGGACUGGCCUUCGUGGUGGCCCACUUGGCUGCCCACGACCAUCAACUAGAUGAACGGAUCGAUGAUUACAAACAAAUACUGGAGAAUCACCAUUAUCACGUGAAACACUAUCGUGAGAUAUACGACCACGAUUAUGUCUUUUGGUUCGGUGAUCUCAACUUUCGGCUACAGGGCAACGACUCCUCAACAGAGGUUAGGGAGGCUCUGCGCGAUGAAAGCCAGCACGAGACUCUUAUAAAGCGGGAUCAGCUGUUGCAUGUUCGGGAACACACACAGCAAGCUUUCCAAGUGAUGCACGAACGAAUGCCUGCAUUUCCACCCACGUUUAAGUACAAGGAAGGCACCUCCGAGUACGAUUUGAAGCGUCGUCCCGCCUGGACGGAUCGCAUCAUGUACGCCGUGCAGCCGUCGAACCGUCAACGUGGCAUGCAGCUGGCCAUCGAACAGUGCUCGUACAAAUCCCACCCAGUCUACAACAUCAGCGACCACAAGCCGGUCACAAGUGAUUUUACAAUCAAGAUGUAUCCGAAUGUUCGUGCCCCAGGUGUGAAUUUCUCCCCGAUUUCGUUGUGGAGCAUUGGUGAUGAGAACACCGUGGAGUACCACAAGCAGGCGGAGUUCGAAGAAGGUCCCCAUGACUGGAUAGGCAUAUACCCCAUGGACUAUGCCAGCUUGGCGCACUACUCUGCCUAUGAGUACGUCAACCAGGCUGAGUCGCCAACUUCAUCGGACUCGAACAACGAGCGCGAAUACUUCGAUACGCCUGCCCCGCAUCGGCGUGGCCGCCACCAUCACCGGAAUCGCCAGCGUCUGCGGCGCCAGCAAGAGACGAACGGAGAGCAAGUGCGCAUCGACUUUGCCGACGACGUGGAGCUACGGCAUGGUGAGCAGUACCUGCUCAUCUACUUCCGCAGCACAGGAUCGCGGGGUGUGACCAGCCUGUCGGGGAUCAGCAACGUGUUCGUGGCUGAGAAACGACGCGGUUCGCCUUAUCGGACUGAGUACAAUGUUGACUAGCUAGCCGAGGCGCUGGACGUCACUAUUAUUUAGUCCAAUAGCAACCUGAGUGUGUUUCGUCCUAUAAACUGCAUCCAUUCUUGUUAUGAUUGUCAUUUUGUGAUUCUGUUUAGUUGGUUGCCUGUUAAUAUAGUAUGUAUGUACAUAUUUGUUCAAUGUUUUUUGCAAUGACCCCUAUAUGUGUCCGCAGAGGACGUGUACAUAUACCUACAAGCAUUUAGUUAUACUUAUGUACACAAAUUGUUACAGAAUUAUACAGAAAAUCCAACAAAUAAUGUCCGUGUACUUGCAGCUUGGCCAUUUGGAAUGACUGUAUUCAUUGCGCUAUUUAUAUUGCAGUUUCAUGGAAUUAGAACCGGUUUGUCAAUUUCAUAGCGGAUAAUUAUACUAACAAGCACGUGCUGCUCUAACUCAUCCCGCCCUCCCACUAUGUGCUAGAAAACAAAGCCCAGUUGACCAAAGCUACUUGGUUGAGAGAGUAAAUUCAGCCAGCUUCGGCCGCUGCUGGGCUUUUCGACUCGUACAAAAUAUGAAAAGAGCAGUGAAUUCAUACAAACAAAGCUUACAUACAUUCCCUUGCUGACAUCAGUUACCGUCUUUACCGUCCCGUCUGCUGAGUUGAACAUCUUAGUAGAGUGUCGUAAACAUAUCCUGUCACAACUAUCUAGCUGGCAUAACUAUAGAGCAUGAUGGUGACACAUAUCCCUGUCAGAUAUGCACGUUGAAUUCGCCCAAAAUUAUUAAUGGGUAAACAAAUAUUUCCA